GGUAGACGCACGAGCGCCUGAGUACAAGUAGGAGUACCUACUGACAAUCGUGCGGCGGCUUCCUUUUAUCAGUCAAGCCGAACCGCGCGCGACAAACGUACGGACACCUCCGUGCGGUCUGAAAAUCUAACACGCGGACACACCGGGGGCCCUUUCUUGUCACAGUGCGCGACACUUAACAACGCUGGAAAUCCUAACGGAGUGCUCGAACUUGUGCUCGCGGGCGGCUUCACGUGAGUCUCGCGAAAGAACGCGCGUCAAACUUCCGGACAGCGAGAUAUUCGCUCGCGAAUCGGUACCGGGGCCGUCAUCCAGACCGCUGGUACCGUCCUCAAAGUCAACGGAGUCUCUAGGAACGAGGGCUACAUCGGUGAACUUCGACACGCUGGCGCAGAUUCGAUGUGAGCUUUCUACUUUUUGUAGGUCGAAGAUCGCGGAAACAGGCCGAUCCGACGUGAGAUUGUCGCAGGUUGAUCCUAAGAUCAACCUCUGCCGAACGGACUAUUACAACACCGUAGGCCAGCAGCGAAUUCGAUAUGGUCGCUUUUCGGGACUCGGAGAUUGAUCCGACGUCGAAGAACGGCACUGGUAUCACGUCAAAAGACAGCAACGGGAACAACGAUGACAGGGCGACCGACAUUGGAAGAGUCAGGGACGAAGCUUUCACUAUACGCGCAACAAACGGUAUGGACAACUAUGCGCUGAAUUUCGACAAUAUCGAAAAGAUCAAUGACAAGAAGCUGAGCGUGGACAUUAACCCGGAGCCUGUCUUCGUGAAGAAAGUCGCCGCCGGCUUGAAGACAUCCGGCGGUGACAAGGUGGACAAGAAAGACACGCCCGGCGGAGUAAACGGGAAUGGAUCUCUCUCCAGCGGCAGUUCCAUUGUCACAAUUUCGUCGAACGCCGUCUUGGAUCCCGAUGAGGAAGGAUCCAAACGUCGUAAGGAUCCAAACGUUCCGAUCCACGGCGGAAAGGACAUUAGAAAUGAAAAAUGGUACCACACGCUCAUGCAAGUGUCGAUACCCUUCUUCAUCGCUGGUAUGGGUACCAUCGGCGCCGGUCGUGUUCUCACCACCGCGAAGAACAUGCCCGCUUUCGUAGAAGUCCCCCAACUGCUGAUCCUGACGACGUCGCUGCAGGGUUUAAAGGGUAAUCUCGAUAUGUGUCUGGCAUCGCGGCUGAGCACCCAAGCGAAUUUAGGUAACAUGAACAGUCGGCGGGAGAUCGUCAAGAUGAUCGUCGGGAACAUUGCCCUGGUGCAGAUCCAGGCUAUCGUCGCGGCCGUCUGCCUGUCGUUGUUCGGCAUGGGGGUAGGCGGGAUCAACGGGAACGGCUUCGAGUGGAAUCACGCGUUGAUGCUGGCGGUCUCGUGCAUGUGCACGGCGACCAGUUCCUGCUUUAUCUUGGACUUCGUCUUGAUCGCUGUGAUCAUGAUAUCCUAUCGAUUCAAGAUGAACCCGGACAAUCUGGCGACUCCGCUGGCCGCGUCUAUCGGCGACGUCGUGUCCAUCAGUAUUCUCUCCUUCGUCGCAUCGGAAUUUUACAAUAGGCUGGUAUUCAACCAAGUAUGGGUCCUGUACGUCGUUAUCGGAUUGUUUAUAGUGGUUCUUCUGCCGAUUUGGAUCUUAAUCGUGCUGAAGAACAAGUAUACGAGAACCGUAUUGAAGUCCGGUUGGGUUCCCAUUCUGUCCGCCCUCCUAAUCAGUGGCGGAGGAGGUUUAGUACUUGAGAGAUCAAUCGAUUCUUUUAAAGGAUCCGAAGUCUUUCAACCGGUAAUUAACGGAAUUGGCGGCAACUUGGUAUCGGUGCAAGCGUCUCGAAUGUCAACCAUGUUGCACCAGUCUGCUAUCAUGGGAAUUCUGCCGUCGUACGGCAAAAUUUGGGUGUUUCCGUGGACCGCGCUCUUAGUAGGAACGCCGUAUGCCAAGACCGCGAGGUUGCUCCUCUCUAUGGCGGUCCCUGGUCAAUUGGUCUUCGUCUUCAUCGCCGACGCUUUAAAUCCGGGCGAUUGCAAGUUACACACCUACUUCGUAAUCUCUUAUCUAGUUGUUUCCUUAAUACAAGUGAUGAUUCUGUUGUAUGUCGCGCACAUAAUUAUCCACGCGAUGUGGAGGUUCAAAAUCGAUCCCGACAACUCGGCGAUCCCCUACUUGACGGCACUAGGUGAUCUGAGCGGAUCGCUACUUCUGGCGGCAGCUUUCGCCGUUAUAUACGCGAUAAACCAACCAUACUGCUUCGACUAAGCGAAACGGAAAUCUGAGAUAGAAUUACAAUCAUCGCACGCAUACAAUCACACACAUAUAGCGUGGAGAACUUUUAACAAUUCCUGAUUUUCUUAUUACGGGAUAAGAGAAUUGGAUGCUUCGCGCUGUCAAAACAAUUUGAACGUCUUGCUUCAUCGUGGGCGUUAGUUGCUUUCCAUUUACAUCAAAACUCAGAUAAUUCUCACUUGUGACGUCAUAACUCAGUUAAAUGCACGUUCUUUUUGCAUGCUGGUAAGUGAGAUUCAACUGAGUUUUUAUUCACAAUCGAGACCAUGUGCUUUAAUGAAUCUAAUAAACUCACAUUAAAAGUAAGGCUAUGGACCUAUAUUAUUAUACGAUAAUUUUACCAUAAGCAGGUAAAUACAAAAUGACAUGUCUUACCUGAGUAUAAAAUACUCACGUAACUGAGUGACUCGCAGAUCACUUGAGUGUAAAUGGAAAGCAACUGUUACAUAACUCGAAGUGACUCGCGAAACCGAACGAGAUAUGUCGACAAAAAUAAUGCCAAGAAGCGAGACAUAAUGAGGAAAAUACUCAGAUCACACAUACAUACAUUUGUUAACUAUAAUUUUGAAAGAUAGUUGUUAGUUUCUGCAAACGUGUGACCGGCUGUGAACUACAAGUGUGGUGAUUACAAAGCAGCAUGAUGAUUAGCAGUUCUAGCACGUAUUUCACGUUUCUUUUUUCCACCAAACGUGUCACGAACCAUUUACAAAUAAAUAGGAGCCUAGUCAAUUUAGUAGCAAACAAUACGUAUAUGUUCGAAAGGUGUCUGAAAGAUGUUUUAAUUUGUCAAAAUUCCAUCAGUCGCCCGCGAGACGUCUUUCAGCGUUUUAGAAGACUUGUAAAUAGCUGCAUCGUCUUGACGAAGAAUACUCGUCGCGACACGAAAUGAGCUAAUGGCAUCGCGACGUGUUCGAACUUGCGAUAGCGUGUUUUAACUUAUAGCAAUCAUUGUUUAUAAAACCGUGGCCGUGAAGAAACGGAGCCACGAGAAAAGCGAGCGAGCCGAAUGUCAGGAAUUCCUGUAUAUAUUUCUUUUUUAUCUUGAAAGUUGCGAGACACCCAAAGCGUUCAUCCUAAGGAAACGUACCACGGCGAAUGGGACCACAAUUUAAUUGCGCAAUCGUACAAUUACGGCGCAAUUGCAACUCAACUAAAGCAACGACAUUAAAGCAAGCGUUGUCGCUCCCCGCCGCAGCCUUACGCAUACACCUUAUUUAAUUACGCAACGCGGUCUCCGGGACACGCCUUACGUAAUACUCAGACAAUGCCAAGUAAUUAAUCUGCGUCGAUUAUUUCUCUUUGAAGAUACUAAGGAAUUCGCAUUUCGAGCGUCCACACACAGCACGUUGAAUUGUGGUGAAAAUGCUCCACACCACUGUGACAGAAUUUUUAUUAAAAUUAUACUUUAAUAUUUUGAAAUUUAUUAAGAAUUUAAUAGCCUAAAAUUUAUUACGGAGAUUUAACAUAGUAUUAACAAACUUGUUAUAAAAGCAUAGUGCAGCUAGAGUGCAACGUGCCAAAAUUUGUACAAAAACUCAAAUCGCUUACGAAGAAUUGUUCGAACCAUUUAUAAAAAUUUUUAAGAAUAAAUUAUUUUGAAAUGCAA